AUGGGUCUGCCUCAUCACAGUUUCAGCCUCAUCGCAGGCUUGCUCCUACUGUCAGUGUCUGUGUGUUUCAGCAAACUCACAUGUGAAGAAGGACACAGCGGUCCAACCUAUGAGUCAAUGCAGGCUGUUUUUGACCUCAAACCCUUCAGGCCAGCCGUGAACCUCAGCAACCCAACUAUUGCUAACAUAUCCUUCACCUUGUAUGCUGUCCUCGGGGUGAAUGAGAAAACCCAAAUACUCAGUACCUUCCUGUGGCUGAGACUGUACUGGCAUAAUGAGUUCCUGAUUUGGGACCCUGAAGAAUGUGAUGGUGCAACAAGGAUUUCUCUCCCUGUGAAGCAUCUCUGGUCUCCAGAUAUCAUUGUUUAUGAGUUUGUGGAUGAUGAUGUUUCUCAGGCGUGUCCUUACGUCUACGUUAACCACACCGGACAUAUCCGCUGGGACAGGAUGCUGCGGCUCGUCUCUGCCUGCAACCUGGAGAUCUUCAGCUUUCCUUUUGAUGUACAGAAUUGUACAUUUACCUUUGGCUCUUACAUGCACACCAUACGGGAUGUGAGGGUGAGUCCAGCCUUGACUUUUAAAGAGAUGUCUGGAAACUCCAAACGUUACCUUGAAGCCAGUGGAGAGUGGGAGCUGGUGGAUAUACUGGGAGAGACCUCCAUCCUUCAGUUUGGAAUCGACGAGUGGGACAUCAUCACCUUUUGGGUGGUGAUAAAGAGGCGUCCGGUGCUGUAUGUGGUCAACCUGCUGAUCCCCAGCUCCUUUCUCAUGCUUAUUGACAUCCUGUCGUUCUACCUGCCCCCCCACAGCGUUGACCGUGCCUCCUUCAAAAUGACACUCAUCUUGGGCUACACAGUCUUCCUGCUCAUCAUGAACGACUUGCUGCCCAGCACAGCAAAUGGCACACCUAUUAUAGGAAUUUAUUUCUCAGUGUGUCUGGCUCUCAUGGUAAUCAGUCUUCUGGAAACUGUUAUCAUCACCAAUGUCCUCCACCACAGCUCCAUGAAGUACCAGGAGGUCCCUAAUUGGGUCAGAGUGGUUGUCCUCAAGCAUAUAGCCAAUCUCAUUUGUUACCGCUGGCCUGAUGAUGUCCAACCCCCAUCUGUAAAGCCGCAGAAUAAGACAGUUGACUCGUCCAAUGACAGCUCAGGACCGUGGAUUAUUGAACCAGCCGGCCAAGCGCCCACUGAACAGCCAACCAGCAACCCACCUACACACAGUGGAGCCAGUAUAUCUGCUAUGCCAGAGCUUUCGCAGAUCUGUCAGUACCUGGGCGACCUUCGGGCUCACCUCACAUCCCUACAGAAGGAGAGUGAGCUGCAGGACCAAUGGUGUCAUGUGGGAUAUGUCCUCGACUUCUUGCUUUUUAGGAUCUACCUGCUGCUUAUCACCUUCUACGCAUUAGUCAUCAUCUCCAUGUGGUGUGUCUGGAUUAGCCAAUCCUAA